UCAUAUAAAUAUCUUUUCUUCCUCAUUUGUGCUUUUAGAUUUCCAUUGUCUUUUCAAAUCCACUUCCUCUCCCAAGAGAUCUUUCUCUGCUUCCUCUGCUUCUCCUGCCUCCCCGUGGUUCCUCCUCUUUUGCUCUCAAUUGGCUCCAUCUUCUUGGUCCUCGUUCAUUUCUUCUUUUCUUUUGAUUUUCUUCCUUUUUUUCCUUUUUUUUCUGCAUUGUUGGUCUGCUUUCUUAUAUAUUCAGGCAUUUGACACCAUUUCUAAUCAUCUGCAAUCAUUCUUAAUUUCAUCUUCAUUACCAUUAUUCUUAUUUUUCAGUCCAUUACAAAUUACACACUCAUUUCAUAUCAUUUCACAUCAUCCAUUCAAUACUCCCUUUCAUUUACACAAUUUUUCUUAUAAUUUGCAAUGGAUUUUAACGGCUUGAAAACUCCCCCCUAUACUGAAUCUUUGCAGUCAGCAAAUACCCUGAAUUCGUUUGAGACAGAUUACACCUCUAACGACUUCAACAAUAACGACUUUGACAACAACCUCAAUAUCAAUCUUGACUUGAAUAUUGCCGAUAAUUAUCAUAACCAGAAUGAUAAACUUGACAUGUUCGGUUCCAUAUUCCUUAAUUUCAAUGAGGAUGCUAAUAACAAUAUAAACAUCAAUAAUAUAAUUGGUUCUUUGGGUAACAAUCCUGUUAUUCCCUCUACCUCCACUGUUCCAGAUGGCAAUCAAACUCAGAAUAUCACCGGUUCCACCCAAAGUACUUCCGCUUCCAACACAAUCACUACCGCUUCUUCCAAUAACACUUUGAUUAAUAAGGCAGCUAAAAGAAGAGGCAGAAAAAUUUCAAAGGAUGAACCCCCAACUAAAAGAGCUGCCCAACUAAGAACUUCUCAAAGAAAAUUUAGAGAAAGGCAGAAGAAUAAGGUUUUGAAUUUAGAACAGAAAAAUGCCUUUUUAGCAAACGAAAAUAUAGAUUUGAAAUCAAAAAUCAAGGACACAAACAAUAAAUACAAUAAACUAUUACAAUUCUUAAAGGAUAACUACUCUGACUUGAACUCUCUCCAUAUCUUUCUCAAGUCAAGCUCCAUCACCAAUAACAAUGAUGCUCUUAACUUAUUAAAUAACAACAACAACAACCUCAAUCACUCUUUAAAUAAUUUUUAUGACUCUUCAAUUCUUCCAUCAAACCCAGUCACUAUCGAUAAUGAUCCUACUUACAAUCUAUUUAUAUCUAAUUCUAAUAUGAAUAACAAUUCACUAUCCCCAAUUAACACUUUCAACAUUCCCAACACUUUCAAUCCAAAUUCUUUUAAUAACAACAACUCUUCCAAUAAAAAUUUUCAAUUUUUAAUGUUUCAUGAUGGCUCUUUUCUCGAAGAAAAAGAGUAUCUUAGUUUAAAUACCACUUCUUCCACCCCCACUCCAAUCCCCACUAAUAAUAUAAAUAAUAUCAAUGAAAAUAAUAAUCCAAAUAAAUCAAAUGCUAAUGACGAACAAAAUCAAAAUAAUGUUAACAUGCUAAACUUUUCAUUUUUUGACUCAAAUUAUUCAGACCUCAACUUUGAUAUUUUACCCCAAUCAGACCAUCUUCCAUCUUUUAACAAUGAAUUCCUUGAAUCAAUCAUAGAAAAUCAAAAUUUCAAUCAAUCCCUCAAUAAAAAUUUUGAUAACCAUAACUUUAACAAUUUUAAUUCUACUGAUAAUAAUAAUAAAAAUAAUAGUAAUAAUAAUAAUAAUAAUAAUAAUAACUACAAUACUAACAAUAACAGUAACUCUAAUAACUCUAAUAAUAACUCAAAUAUAAAUUCUAAUAAUAACUCUAUGAAUGCUAAUGUGAAUCCUAAUGUGAAUUAUAACGAUAAUUCUAACACCCAAAAUAUCAAUGAUAAUUCAAGCUAUAAUGACUCAAACAACAACCCAAACUACAACCACAAUCACCACAUUCAUUCUGAUACACCCUAUCAAAAUUCUUCUACCUCUUUGAACAUACAUAGUCCUAUAGAAAUUUCUGAUGCUCAUAAUAAAGAUAUUUCUCUUUUUGUAAAUCCCCCUAUCUUUCAUUCAUUUUAUACAAGUAGUCGCCCUAAACAUUACCAAUCACAAAACAAAACAAAACAAAAACACUUCACCAAUUCAAACAAACAGCCUAAAAAAAAACAUAGACAAAGUUAUUAAGUAAAUUAAAGUAAUCUACAGUAAAAACAAAUCAUUCCUGAAAUACCUAAUUUCAUUUCUUAAUUAAUGUUAAUUUAAUUUAUCUGGUUAUAAUCUAGUUAUAAUCAAAUUAUAAUCAAAUACUUUAGCCAUUCAAACCAAAUAAAAAACAU